GUUGUCGUUUACACCGCGGCGCCGAUUGACGAUCAGUCACGAACGUCCAUCAUUACAUAGCUCAUUUUAAUUCAAUCGUGUUUUCAACGGUACGAAGACAGCUCCCACAGUUCACAGAUAAAAUCCGAAUAGUUAUAAAAAUCCUAUGCAUCAACACUGCACGUCAGGCGGUAAGAUUCGUCGAUAUAAUUCGAAGUGAGACAUUUUAGCAAAUACGAUUAUAUACAGUUUAGAUGACUUUGAUUAGCUCUACAGACUGGAACGUAAACCACCAACGAUACCGUAUUGGGAAAUUGUAAUUUUCACGCCCAUUGAAACAGAUAAAUAAUUAUUAUUGCAAAGACGACGGAAGUACGUCCGGUGGCGUUGCGUCUUCAGCGUAAUCGUUACUACAACAUAUUACACGCAAACAAACGCGCAUUGUGCGUGUAUUCCGGAAGGGGUAACACUACUAACACCCAAAGGAGAAGACACACAUUACUGUUUCUCUUAUAGUAGCAGCGAGCACAUGGUUCAGUGACAAUAUGUCCAGGAAAAUGGGAGCUUCGACUCCCUCAUAUUACCCGUCCGAAGCUGAUUUCGUAGUAAAGACGCCACAGAAACCAAUUACCUGUAAACCUCGACACCAUUCCGAUCAAAUACAAUACAUUAGCCUGAUCGGACUGAUGCAAGUAGUUACCGGAUGUCUGAUGGUCGUUUUUGGCGUGCUAUCGAUGUUACACGAGGCGUCGUUGUCCAGUGUGGGCGCCGGCCUUUGGAGCGGUGCAAUGGCCAUGGGCAACGGAGUAGUUGGACUGAUGGCUAGCUUGAACGGAUGUCUUUCCCCAGACAGGACACUAUCUCCACUUUCCGUCACAAUUUAUCUUGCACUGUGUUUAGUGUCCGUGGGUGUCAGUAAUUUGGCCAUCAUACUUACAGCUAUUGGACUGCUGAAGGACUCUCAGAAGCCAUAUUAUAUCAUUCCAAAAGACAAGACGCAUUAUAAAACUUUAACAGCGGAUCAGUUACAGACAAAUUGGGCUCCCGUAUUGGCAAAUUUAGGUUUACUACUGGCCACGUCUGUACAAUGUCUGACCACAAUGUUGGCCGCAUUCCGUUUCUACCGACUCGUUAGAUUAAUUGUGGCCGGUGAACAACAAACUUCAUGGUCGAGUUCAAGACACAGGAGUUCAUCAUGUUGCAGUUCAAGCGUCGGAAGUAAACAGAAACUUGUACAAAAGUGGUUGGUGCAACAAACCCCAUCUCAGCUGGACCGACCUCGUCAGCAGACAAACUAUCCUGGAAAGGCCUACAGUAAUAAAAUGGGUAUUUACGACGAAACGAGUACCUUACCCAAGUGGAAAAGUCACCGGACGACGCCAACACUGAAACCGGCAAGACCAGACAGAAGGGAAAGAAGACCAUCAAACGAUGCCGCGGACGUGCAUAGGGCAUACACGGGUAUGGACAGAGAGAUUGUUGAAGAGUUCAUUUCUGUCACUAUGGACCCAAAACACUAUAGCUGAUAUCGUGUAUUUUAUAUAAUAUAUUUUAAGUAUAAGCGGAUUGAAAAUUUUAUUAUACAUUUAAAAAGGCGUAUUAUCUAUUUGGAACGCAACUGCCUAAUAUACGUAUUUCCGAUGGAAAUGUUUAUUCGAACACGGAGACCUCUGAAAAGUGUUCAUUUAAAAAAUGUAUUUUCAAAAUACUUUACGAAAAUAUAUUUAUAGCAAAUUUAUGAAUUGUACAUGUGUACCUCAACAUAUAGAUGUAUUACAAUGAAUAUUAGAUACGUACAAAAUAUUAUUAACAUCGUGCACUUCAUGUGAAAGAUUAUAAUGAUAUAUAAUGCCCAUGUUUUCAUUAUGUUUGAAUAAAAAAUUGAAUAAUACUUAAA